AUGGUAGAACAAUUGAAAGAGGUGGGCCAAGACAUUAAACCAAAAUUCGAAACCUUCGAAAUCUCCAAAGGCUACCAUGGCGGUGUGGGUGGCUAUGAGGAAAUGGAGGGUGCCGAAAGAGAGGGUGAUGGUCCCGGUGGCGGUAUACCAUACGAUGAUGAUAGACCCGAUUCACCAGCAUCGUUUGAGGAAAUUGAGAGACCACCUUUGCGUAAAAUUGAUAAAUACUGCAAGGCUCAGUGUCCUUGUAUGUCGGCGCGUUAUACAAUUGCCACAAUGGCAUGUAUUGGCUUCAUGAUUGCGUUUGGCAUGCGUUGUAAUAUGUCAGCCGCCAAAUUGAAAGGAGAACAUAAUGGUACGGCUUUUAUGAAUUGGACAGUGGCCACAGAGAGUCAUGUUGAUUCGUCAUUUUUCUGGGGUUAUUUGGUAACACAAAUUCCAGGGGGUUUCAUUGCCUCCAAGUUUCCAGCUAAUAAAAUAUUUGGUCUAUCGAUUGCCAGUUCAGCAACACUGCAUUUAUUUGUGCCAUUUGCAAUGACACUGAUGGAGGGCGAUGUGGUGAUAUGUGUUCGUGUGUUACAAGGAUUAUUCGAGGGUGUUACUUAUCCCGCCUGUCAUGGUAUCUGGCGUUUUUGGGCUCCACCUAUGGAACGUUCUCGUUUGGCUACGCUGGCGUUUAGUGGCUCAUAUGCUGGUGUGGUGGUAGGUCUACCUUUAUCAGGCCUAUUAGCCGAUUCUGUUGGCUAUCAGGCUCCCUUCUAUGCUUAUGGUGUAUUUGGCAUUAUAUGGUAUGUCUUUUGGUUAUGGCUUUGUUUUGAAAAUCCCCGUAAACAUCCUGCCAUUAGUAUACCCGAACUUAAGUAUAUAGAAAAGUCGCUGGGUGAGACCUCUGUACAGCCAUCUAUGCCAAAUUUAAGAACUACACCCUGGGCCGCUAUGAUUCGUUCUAUGCCGGUUUAUGCCAUUAUUGUGGCAAACUUUUGUCGUUCUUGGAAUUUCUAUUUACUGGUGUUGUUCCAGUCUUCAUUUCUCAAGCAUAAAUUCCAUUUUAAAAUCGAAGAAGCUGGAUUUGUGGGGUCUUUGCCUCAUUUGAUAAUGACUACAAUUGUACCGUUUGGUGGUAUGUUGGCGGAUCAUUUGCGUAAAAAUGGCAUUAUGUCUACAACGAAUGUGAGAAAGUUGUUUAACUGCGGUGGCUUUGGCAUGGAGGGAAUAUUUUUCCUGUUUGUUGCUCAUUCGGAUACAGCGACCGGUGCCAUGUUUGCUUUAACUUGUGGUGUUGCCUUUUCCGGUUUUGCCAUAUCCGGUUAUAAUGUCAAUCAUUUAGAUAUAGCUCCUCGUUAUGCCAGUAUUCUAAUGGGUCUUUCGAAUGGUAUUGGUACGUUGGCUGGCAUUAUUGUACCCUAUGCCUUGGAUGGUCUUAUACAAAAAGAUCCCGAAGGUUGCUGGACAACUGUCUUCACCUUGGCCGCUUGUGUUCAUUUAUGUGGCUGUACUUUCUAUGGCCUAUUUGCCUCGGGCGAAUUACAACCUUGGGCGGAGCCACCCACAGAGGAGAAACAAGUCUGGUCACCACCAAUGGGCGCUAUAACUGAAGAUCCUACUCAGGGAGCAGCAGUUGCAGCCGGUUAUAUUAAGGAAACAUCAUUUGGUGAACCACCACAGUACACCGAACAAAGUCAAAUGCAACAACCAAACACCAUUAAUUAUGGUGCGACAGGUCACGUGGCCAAUAAUCCAUUUGCCAUGGCCGGUGUGGGUUCUCUAGCAACAACAACCAUUAGCGAGGAAAGCAUGCAACCUGAUGCCAAUAUAACAGACAAUUAUCAAGGCUAUGACUAUACAACAGCACAACAGCUACCGGCAACGGCACCACAACUGGGACAAUUGCCAACAUAUGAACAACAAUAUCCUCAAUAUCAGCAGCAACAAUAGAAA